UGACCAACGGUGAAGACAGCAUGGCAUGGGAAGCGCGCUGCAACCAGCAAGGCUACACAUACUAUGUCGACACAGAGACAGGAGUGAUGCAGUGGGCCCCGCCCCCCGCGCCCCCCCUCGCGACCGAGACCAUUGAGAUUGUGGAAGACGAUGCGCCAUGCGCCAGCGACUCGAGUCGCAGCGAAGCAGACAACACCAACGACGACGACGAGGAUGAUGAGGAUGAUGAUCAGUGUGAGACGCUUCUGAACUCGCGGGACCUUGACCAGACACUGGGCUUGCCCCGCCUUGUGCAGACCACUGUCUACCGCGCGCUCACCUGGGUGGUGUUAGAAGUCUGGCAAAGCCACCGUGAACUCGGUGCGUACCUCGCGCACGCCACCCAACGACUCCUGCACGGCUUGCCCCCCGUGGCAGCAUUUCUACGGCCGUCCCGCGCGACGCUCGUGCAUCCGCAUGCGAUUCCGACUUCGUUCAUUCCAUCAUCGCCCAAAAGCGCUGUUGUAGCUGAUGUGAGCGACGACGUUGCGUUAGGCGACGACAUGGCCUAACACGGCGACAGAGCUAGUUUCUUUCGUUUAAUAUCUACUGACAAUACUCUCCAGUUACAAAAGC